AGGUUGCAGCGGCUGGGGCCGCGGACCUUGCGUCCACCGCUGGUCUCUGGGAGAGCUUGCGGCUCGGAGUCCUCCGCAGCCUCCUCUGGCCCCUGGGCCCACCGGCCUCACAUGGUGGGUCCAGAGGAUGCCAGACCCUGUUCGGGCAGAAACGCUAAGUUGCUUCUAGUACCUGCGCUUGAGCCCGUGGGCCAGAACGGGAAGAUGAUGCGGGCCACGGGCGGCUUUAGCGGAGGCGUCGGCGCUGUGGAGCAGCCAGCGGCUGAGGAAGAAGAAGAGGAGGAGGAGGAGACUCCGCCACCGCAGCUCCUUCAGCGUUACCUUGCCGCGGCCGGGGGCCAGUUAGAGCCGGGGCUCUGCUACUGUGCCCUGCCCGGCGGCCAGGCCGGUGCCUCGCUGUCCUCGGUAGCCCUGCGCUGGGACGCCUGCCCUCCGGGCCCGGGCUCCAAGCUCCGCGGCUCAGGGGCAGUGGCUGCCCGAGCGCCGCGACAGGGAGGCAUGACCAACGGGGACUCGGGCUUUCUCCCGGGCCAGGACCGUCGUGGCUUGGAGAAGGCUAGUGGGCUGGCUCGCGCCGAUGGCCCGGAGUCGUGCGGCCGCAGCCCCUGCCCUUGCGGCCGCUUGCGCCUCGAGGGGCCUGGCGACGAGGGCGCGGAAAGCGCGGGCAGCGUGGACGACUGGGCCGCGCCGCUGGAGGACCCGCUGCGGAGCUGCUGUCUGGGGAACGUGAACGGCAAAAAGCUCGAGGGCUCGGGCAGCGAAGCCACGGGUUCCGAGGAGGGCGCGACCCCCGCCGCCCUCUCGGUCAGGAGAACUAGUGGGGGCACGGAGCUGGUCCUUGGCUUUCCGGACGUUCGCUUGAACUCACGGAACACAUUCGAGGUGAGCCGCCGCCAGAGCGCCGGCGACCACCUGACCUCCGCAGGGCCGCAGGUGUCCUCGCCCACCGCGGAGCAAGACCCUGCGGGGACCUCGACCCGGGCUCGACGGAGCGGCGGCUUCGCCGACUUCUUCGCCAGAAAUCUUUUUCUAAGGACAAAGGAACUCAAAUCAGUUGUUCAUAGUGCUCCUGGUUGGAAAUUAUUUGGUAAAGUCCCACCCAGAGAGAACCUUCAGAAAACUUCCAGAAUCAUUCAGCAGGAAUAUGAAGCACGAACAGGAAGGACCUGUAAACCAUCAACUCAGUCUUCAAGACGUAAAAAUUUUGAAUUUGAGCCACUUUCUACCACUGCCCUGAUUCUUGAGGACCGACCGUCAAAUCUUCCUGCUAAAUCUGUGGAAGAAGCUUUACGUCACCGACAAGAAUAUGAUGAGAUGGUGGCUGAGGCUAAAAAACGAGAAAUUAAAGAAGCACAUAAAAGAAAAAGAAUAAUGAAAGAACGAUUUAAACAGGAAGAAAAUAUUGCAAAUGCAAUGGUAAUUUGGAUCAAUGAAAUACUGCCCAAUUGGGAAGUAAUGCGUAGUACAAGAAGAGUUCGAGAAUUGUGGUGGCAGGGAUUGCCCCCUAGUGUUCGUGGGAAAGUUUGGAGUCUAGCUGUAGGAAAUGAACUAAAUAUCACUCCUGAACUUUAUGAGAUCUUCCUUUCAAGAGCAAAAGAACGAUGGAAAAGCUUUGGUGAAACAAGUGCAGACAAUGAUACAGAAGGUGUAUCUGUUGCUGACCGAGAGGCCAGUCUGGAAUUAAUUAAGUUGGACAUAUCCCGUACAUUUCCAUCUCUCUUCAUCUUUCAGAAGGGUGGCCCAUAUCAUGAUGUUUUACAUAGUGUCUUAGGGGCAUAUACAUGUUACAGACCUGAUGUUGGUUAUGUCCAAGGGAUGUCCUUCAUUGCAGCAGUACUUAUUCUCAAUUUGGAAGAAGCAGAUGCCUUCAUUGCAUUUGCAAAUCUACUGAAUAAGCCAUGCCAAUUGGCCUUUUUUCGUGUGGAUCACAGCAUGAUGUUGAAAUAUUUUGCAACAUUUGAAGUAUUCUUUGAAGAAAAUCUCUCCAAACUAUUUCUUCAUUUCAAAUCUUACAGUCUUACACCAGAUAUAUAUUUGAUAGACUGGAUCUUCACACUAUAUAGCAAAUCGCUACCACUGGAUCUGGCCUGUCGAGUCUGGGAUGUAUUUUGCAGAGAUGGGGAGGAAUUUUUAUUUAGGACAGGAUUAGGAAUCCUCCGGUUAUAUGAAGAUAUUCUUCUACAGAUGGACUUUAUUCAUAUAGCACAGUUUCUAACUAAAUUACCAGAGGAUAUCACAUCAGAAAAGCUGUUCAGCUGUAUUGCAGCGAUUCAGAUGCAGAACAGCACCAAAAAAUGGACUCAGGUCUUUGCAUCUGUUUUGAAGGAUAUUAAAGAAGGAGAGAAGAACACCAGUCCUGCUCUAAAAAGCUAAUCUUCAAAAUUAACAGACUAAUGGAAAUAUAAACUUUUUUUGGAGGAGUACAAGUCCUUUUUGUUUCCUAUGUAAAAAGGAUCGAAGAAAAUGUUGGAGAAAUUAAAAAGAAUCAUGAAGUGGAAAUCAUGAAUCUGGUUCAAAAUUCCAUGGCCAAAGUAAUGAAAUGAGUAAUUUAUUGACAGUAUUAAUGAAAAAAAAGUAUUUUGUAGGGAUACCCAUUUUUUCAGAGGAAAAAGUUUAAAUGGCUAUUUUAGAAUCCAUAAUUUGGAAUGAACAGUUUAAUGCAAUGAAUUUUUUAAAUAGCUUUGGAGAUUCUUCAAAUUUUUACAUUUUUUCUUUCAUAAUUACCACAGAAGCUCUUUGAAGGUCAGAGUAGAAUUGUUCCAUAUUACUUUAACCUCCAAAAUGCUGUAAUACAGAUGUUAUCUCUAGUUCCAAACUUUUGAAGAUUGUAUUAUAGACCAAGAAUAAGCAACUUUGUAUGUACACUAAGUCACUGAAGUUAUCUUCGUUGGCAAGUGGAGAAAAUGUGAAUUAUCUGGGAACUGGAAAUACUGGUGGAAGAUUGUUUGUUUGUUUAGGUUUUGUACCACCACAGUUGUUUCUAUUUGUCCUUGAAGGGAAUUUAUCUUCCUUAAGGAAUUCUUGUCACUGAAAGAAUUUUAGCCUUUCAGCUUCUAAUCUGACAAAUUGUUCAAACAGUAAUGUAACAUUAAGAAAAUUAAUUAGUAGAAUGAAAGUUAUUUGCACUUUAGUGGACUGAAGACGACUUUGAGAGUAAGUCUAAAAAUAUAAAUGAGGCUUUUCACUGGUAAGAGUAAAAAGUAAUGAAUUCUGGGAGUUCUUAAGUAGCAUACUACUUGAAAAUACUAAAUUUUUUAGUUAAAAGUCUUUCUCUGUUUAUAGAAGCAAAAUUUGUUAAUUUGUUUGAAAUUUGAAAGCUUAUACUUAGCUAAGUCCAUGACUUAUGAAAUACUAUGCAUAAUUUUUUCUAAUCAGUGGAAAUAAAAGGGAAAAAUUAACUUUUUUUCUGAGUCUAACUCUGAUGGCAUAGCAAAUACAUUAUUAAUCAUCGAUAAAUUGGCAUUAAAUGUAUUAAGUUUCGAACCUAAAUUAAAUCACUUAAGUGUUAUAAGUGUUAUCUGUAUAACAUACUGUGUGGCUAAUGAUUAAAUUUAUAGUUUUUGUGUUGCAAUAUUAAGCACACUAUUUCUGUUAGUGAUGUCUGUGUGUGUAAUCUUCAAACUAACAAGCCUGAGAUCCUUGUUAGUAUAGUGACUGCCUCUUUAGUAGGAGUAUGGGACCAGGGGGUGCCCAUAUAUUUUUACCCUAUGGGUCAUUCUAGCCUAGGGACUACUAGUGGAACCCUCAGAAGUUAACUCCUGUCACAGGGGCUUGCUUAGUGUUAAGUGAUAAAAUACUGAGGGAGUGUCCAGGGUUUUAAUAGGUUUUAAGAUGACCUUUCAACUCUGGUAACAGUUUCCUUGGUAUUGGUGUCCCUGAUAGAGGGAAUAUAACCUCUGGCAGUAAUCUCAUUGAGGUUUUAUGACCUGCCUAAAUUUAAUCUUACUUUUAUGUAUUUACUGUAUUUUUUCUUAUUUUUUAUUAUUGUACAGUUUCUUUACCUUGCAUAUAUAAAUGUGUAUAUAAAAUGUAAGUACAAGGAAUUCACUGAAAACCACUAGUAACAAUUACUGUGUAAAUAAAACUUGUGAGCAGAGUAAUUA